CCAGAGCAGAGUGGAACACAAUGAUUCACGUCCGGCCCUCCUUUACCUCUUUAAUGAAGUUUCUAAGCUUGCAGCACCAAUUCCCAACAGUUUACCAGACACAAAGCCGUCUUUAAAAAAGCCUGACGCUUCGGAUGAUCAGAAGUCCAAAAAGGAAAAGCAAGAGCCAACUACUUGCAUCUCUGCUGAGGCUCCUCUUGUGAAUGAGCAAUUAUUUCAGUCUGCUCAUAGUUACCACCGACAAGAUUUGAGUUGCAUGAAACCGUACAAUCACAUGGAAAAUGUGAUGGAGGAGGGUCACAGCAGCGAUGCCUUAACCCUGCCACACAGCGAACGGAACAGCCCCUGGAAGGCGCUCAGCCUUAUCAACCUGCACUGUGAAAGGCUCCUCAAUGAGGAAGAUGUAGAGAUGCCAAGCUUUAGUUUAGGAUUGUCUUCUUCAAGAGGAGGCCACUCUAAUGGCACCUUUACAACCGCAGCACCAGGUGUAAAGGAGGGGGGAGUUACAGAAGGCCCUCUAGCCCCAUCACUGCAACUCUGCGAGGGGCAAAAAUCUCCAACAUCUGUCUGUACUUUUGAGGAUUUGAAAGGUAGCUGUGAUGAGGUUGUAUCAGAUGCUGUUGAGGGGUGUAGCAGAAAGACGGAGACUGCUGAUCUUCUUAAAUCUGGUGUCAACAAAUCUAUGGAUUUGAUCCAGAGGUGUCCUUUCAAUUUAAAUGCACGUCUCACUGAAAAUGCUUUGCAACAAAAGCACAUCCCCAUUUGUUUCAGCACCCAGAUUACUCCUAGUUCAUCCUCUAUGGAGGACAGAAAUAAUCCAAAACCAGCAGAAAUACUAGAUCACAAUGCAAAUGUUACUUUUCCUACUGAGCAACCAUGUAAGAGCCAGCUACCUCCUGCUGGUGCAGACCUGUCCCUCAUUUCAAACACAACAGAGAGUAAUCAGUUAAUCUCAGCACAGGCACAUAAAUUAGAACGCCGUCAUCCAACCAAUGAAGAGAACGAAGCAGCAGCUGAUAAUUCAACAUCCCCUAGGUUGGAUUUGUUGACGGCAACAGCACCAGAACGUCGGAGGGAAAGAAAUGAUGAAAAAGAUGAACCUUGUACCAACAAAUGUAGACCGAAAACUCAAAGGAAACAACCUCACCCAUCUCGCAGCGCUGAUAUUCAAGACCCAGGCUUUCAGGGCGUAGCUUUCAGGAUAGAAGCAGAACUGGACGACAACAGGGAACAGUGUCGGCUUCUCAUUACUUCAAAGUACAGCAAGGAGCUCUGCCAAACGGGGAGGAAACCGAAGCUGAGGACACGGACAUCACAGAGAUUGGCUAAAACCAGCAGUUCAGAUGAAGAGAAUGACCAGAUGGCUCAUAAGGGAAAAAUCUGUGCAUCCUGCUGCACCAGAAAGACCCCUAUGUGGAGAGAUGCAGAGAACGGGACUCCUCUCUGUAAUGCUUGUGGCAUAAGGUAUAAGAAGUACAGAGUGCGCUGUGUCAAAUGCUGGCUUAUUCCCCGGAAGGAGGGCAACUCCAGCUUACUCUGCAUGAGAUGUGGAAACUGUGUGAAACUUACCUCAUCAGCUCAGCGGAAACAUCCCAUUUAGGAGAGCAAGCAUGUCUAUUGACAAAGCUGCUUCUUUAUUUAGUUGUUCACAGUUCUGGAGUGAUAGG